AGAUCGGAAGAGUAGUAGGUAUAGCUGGGAGGAAAUCCACGAGGCCAGCUCAGGAGAAGAGGCGCCGCUGCUGCUGCUUUCCCUUCUUUCUCUGUCUUUCUCGGUUGAAGCCCCCCUCGCGCACUCCACAGGCGCAGCUUCGCUGUUCGCCUUUUCGCGUUGUCUCACAUCACACCUGUCGAAAGGAAGGAGAUAGAAAAAAUGGCUGCCGCUGCUCCGCCGCCGUCGCAUUACUCCUUCGCGAGCCUGAAGACGCUGGGCUUGAGUGCUCCUCAGGUUGCCCUCUCUCGCCAGCCGCGUCUGCGUCCGCAUGUCGGGCACCUGAAAGGGCUCGUCUACCCCCUCCCGUACUACGCCAUGUGGCGCGGUAACCACAACUCCUACACGUACAACACCGCCACGCCGGCGCGGUGGGGGGAGGGGAUGACCGGCGCCAUGUACCAUCAGCACUACGCCCACGCGAAGUGCCCGACCGACUACGGCCGCGGUGGGCGGGAGUUUCAGUUCCUGUCCGUCACAAAGGGCAAGCUGGUGAAGAAGCCGCUUCCGACGGUGCAGUACGUGGACCCCAAAUCGAAGCCGCAGUGGGUGUUCAAGUCGUGGCACAACCCGCUGACGGCGCCGAGUAUGUGGGAGCGGGAGGUGCAGUACGCGGAGCACACGCCCGAGCACACAGGCGCGAAGCGGCCUCUCGCCGUCGUCGCGCCUAAGACGUAUCACAAGCAUUUGUUUCUCAUGCACAUGGAGAAGGUGGUCGUGACGGUGUCGCCGCUGAUGUUCGGCUACGGCCACACGCUGCAGAAGGCGGCGCUGGACUUUUAUCGCCGUGCCCUCAACGCCCGGUCGCCCUUCCCGAACGACAAGGUCUUCCUCUACUACUCCAUCGAUCACAUUACGCCGAAGAUCGAGGUAACGUGGCUGGACGGCGCCGUGUACACCCCGCCGCUUAUGGAGGGGGUGAACGCGCAGGACUUGAUUCAAAUGGUGAUGGAGCAGGCGUGGCUCGCGGCGGACCGGAUGAAUGCGGAGGGCCGCGUGCUGAACCCGAUUGCGAUUGAUGACUACAAGUGGGAUCAGCUGAUUGUGUUUAAGCAGAAGCGGGCGAAGGGGGCGGACGCCGCGAAGGGCGGAGCCGCCAAGAAGAAAUGA